UGUACGUUCGUACCUCUGCCUCCUUCUCAGUUGGCGUUUGACAUAGGCUAGGACAAGGCAGAGGCUGGGCUCCAUCUCCCAUUACCAGAGUCUGACAAUAUAUCGUUACCAUCCAACCAGUGUGUCUACCUUCAACCCUCGAUACCUCCUUUUUAAGAACCCCUACGACAAAUGGUGACAGCGGAGGGCCUGUAAUCCUGACGAUUACAGCAAUUUCUGGAGAUAAAUUUCCACUGGGCCUGCCGACAUCUUGUGAGUAGGCCUGCCGAGCAGGGUACGCUCGACCUACCCCAGCCAGCUACUUCAAGCCAGCUACUCUCUCAAGCUUCUACCAGCCACUACAUUAUUCACUGGUCAGUCUCUUUGUAUUAGUGUUCAUCUGCUUAUUUGCAUCACUCCCGAGGGGUUGACCCGAGUUUGCAAAAUAAGCCAGCUUCCAGUCAGUGGUGGGGGAGUCAGAACAACCGAGUCCCAAACUAGCCUACUCCAUCCAGUUCUUUUGCCUGCCAAGCCAGCUUCCACCCCUGCUGUGCUCAUCGUGAGAAGUUAUCAAGAUAUUCUGUGUGAAGGGUUAAGAUAAGCCAGCUAGCAACUAACCCAGGUGUCUUACCCCAGUACUCAAGCAAGCCACAUACGUUUAAACUCAGGGUCAGCAGUCAGACUCAUUUCAAUGGCAAGGGUUCAUCUGGCUUUUUGUGACAGUUGCACUGUUGACGAUUCAUCGAAGCUUGCUCUUGCAACCGCCAUUCAGGGCGGGUUGCGAGUGAAAUUCAACGCUAUUCUAACCCUUAAGGAAACCUUCAUUUUCGUGUGUCACGAUGAUGCUGAAGCUGAGAAGCUACUUACUACUGAUGUCACCACAACUCUUACUGCUCGAGGAUUUACUGUCAUGUCCUCUCCUGCUCUUAGGGCAAGGAGAUCAGUAUUCCUCAAAAAACUAGAUAAGCUCCUCACCUCGCAACCAAUUUCUGAACUCAAGACAUCUAUUGAAAAUCAAAACUCAUUGGCCACUGUCGACAGCAUCACAAAAAUACCAAAUGCUUCGUGCAUGCUCAGUCACCUUCACUGAAGUGAACAUGGCAGCUACUGCUUUGGCUGACGGUCUUGCUGUUUACUAUUACUUCGUCAGCCCCACUUACAUCGAAGCUGAAAGGUUUCACUACAUCCAACACUGCUGGAACUGUUAUUCGUAUCUGCACAACACCAAGGCCUGUCCAGUUAAAGACAAGAAGUUCUGCACAACAUGUGGCAGUGAGGGCCACGCUUUUAGUUCCUGUACUGCCUCUGCUCCAUCUACACCAACCUGUUUGAACUGCAAAAGCAACGAUCACUACACUCUUGUAGCAAAAUAUCCUACUCGAAAGGACAUUAUGAAGAAAACUCAAGAUGCAACACAGAAAAAAUUAUCUUCCAAGUCGCGAUUGCAAAAUUGCAGGCAGAUACAACAUAACUCCUCCAGGCUUCCACUCAACCGGCCUCCACCACCACCGUCACUCCUCCAGCAUGUGACCUAACAAAGAUCCACUAUUAUCUACUAUAUGCUCAUAUGCAAAACUUGGCAGUACCUGGCUCCUUCACACCACUAUAAACGAGUUAUUUGCCAUGAACAACAUGCCAACGUUUGUCUUUCUAGCCUCUCCACCUUCGGCCGACAUUCUCAAAUUCACGAAAGACUUAGUAGCCACCUCUGCUUCUACUUCUCCAGUAACUCCACCACCUCUACCAACUAGAGACGUCACUCCAACAACACCCAAUGAGACGCCUAUACUACCAUCACUCCCCAAGGAAACUCACCAAUCAGAAACCUUCUUGCCACCAGCAACAUCCUCCUCGUCUAUUGAAGCCGACGUAGAAUCUUCACCUCCAUCUUCAUCACCGCCAGCUAAGAGGGCAAAACCCACGCCAACAACACCAUCUUAUGACUCUCGACUUGAUACAAUUCCUGCUGACGAUGCAGAUUCUUAUUUUAAAUGGCGUGGAAUUACCUUCUAUACCACAGCUCAACAGGGUCAUGAAAUGCGGUUAUGUGAAUUGCACAAGCACCUUACCAACAUGACUGUCAAGUAUACCACCGAUCCUUCUUUCGGCUGUAAUGGUUUCAUUCCGCUUCCUACUCUCCUAGAUGCCAUUCAAGAUGACUCUCGAAAUCCCCGUAAGAAACACUUGAAGACACGUCUCAUGAUCCUCCCUAUCCAACGUUUUAAACGUCUUGAAAAUGGAUCUGCUGUCAGUAAGCUUUAAGUUAUUGUAAAACAACGUCACAACUCGAAGUAAACACCUAACUCCAUAAUCGACCAAUCACCGUGCAGCUCCUCCCUUGUCGUCGAAAGCCACCUAUCACCAGCAAGUUUAACUUCUCUCCCAUCAUGCAAGAUGCAGUCAGCCUCUGCAGUGUUCCUGUGCCUUCUACUUCGUCCUCCUCAGUGUUUUCAAGGCUUAGCGGUUGUCUGUGAUAUUUAGCAUUCUGAUAUUUAAUAUUCUUAUAUCACACGAAGACAGUGUGAUAUAAGGUUAAAUAAAUUUACUGAUAAAAGUCA